GGCAGCAAAGUGCCGCAGACCACCAAUACGACCACAACUCCAACACCAGAAGAAGUGGCUAACCUGGCGGAUGGAUAACUAAUGCAGGGAAAUGGGUCUACCUGACUCUUGCUGACCUUUAGUGGCGAUUGGCCCCCACAGCCAUCUGUCAACAUGCAAGGAUUCUACUCCAAGCUCGACUCUUCCCCCUCCUCAUCCCCGCUAAUGGGGGUGGGCAUUGGGCGAGAAGGCGCUCCCGUACCCCUCAGCCUGGCAGUGGAGACGGAGAAAGCUCAGGCCCUCCUACAGACAUUCAGCUCUGCCUCUCUGCUGGCGUCGGCGGGGCUCGGGAUGUUCUGCGUGGUGGCGGACCACGCCCUCCAGCUGUCGGUCAUCCAGAACCACCUGUGGCUGCGUGCCGCCUUGGACAACGCCACGCACGGAUUGGUGGGGCUGUGGUCAUGGGCAGUUGUCAUUGGACUGAGGAAAAAGAGUGAUCUGUAUGAGGUGCUGCUGGCCGGUCUUCUUGCAUCAAUCAUAGACCUGGACCACUUCUAUAUGGCUGGAUCCCUGUCACUCAAGGCUGCUGUCUCACUCCCCCAGCGUCCUCCUCUACACUGUUCCUCUCUCAUCCCCAUCCUAUGCCUCUCCCUCCGCUUCCUCAUGUGGAUCGGACGCCUCAAAGAUGCCUGGUGCUCCUUGCCGUGGAUGCUCUUCAUUUCCAUGGCGACACACCACGUCCGGGACGCGGUGCGCCACGGCCUGUGGGUGUGCCCAUUCGGCAACACGGCACCGCUCCCCUACUGGCUGUACGUCAGCACCACGGCGACACUUCCUCACCUGUGUUCAGUGCUCAUGUAUCUGACGGGAACGAGGGAUGUGAUCUCCACCAAACACGGGGUGGCCAUCGAUGUUUAGACGUCACUGACUUACCAACGGCGUCUAACGCUGAUCCGGUCUGGAAACAACGUUCUUAGCUGUUUGAAUCAACUUUUAGAUACUUGAAAUUACGGGAGAAAAACACUAGAGCAGUAUGGCGCUUUUUUUUUCUUUUUCAGUUUAGGUGAAGAGAAGGGUUGGCUAAGAAGGAUGAGGUAACUCCUUAUAUGAUAAAGGAAAACAUGUACAAUUAAAACUUGGGUUGCCAUGGAUGGAGACAUCCUGUACAAUAACAGGUUAGCCUUUCAAAGAGGAAUGUGCCAAUCCUGGAUGAUUUUUUUUCCGGUAUUCUGGAAGUGCUUCAGAAUCCUGUUCUCUUAUCUGGAGAGUGAUUCUUUUCCUGAAUAACUGUCUUCGGUGUUUAGGGAGUGACCGUUUUUAAAGCUUUGACAUAUCGUUUUGCAGAGGCUUGCCUGCUCUGUGUUCAUCUACCCAAACCCUGAUAAAGAGAUCCGAGACCUGACCUCCACCAAUCCCAGAAGUGUUCGUCUCUCCCCCGGAACUAUCACUAUCUGUCCUCAUCCUAAGAACACUCAAGGAAAAGUCAACCAAAGGUCAACCACAGGCUGUAUGACGCAGUAUCACCCUCACCCUCAGUGCACCCAGCAGUGUGGUACCACUUUUAUUCUACUGUGCUUUUAAAAUCGCUCCAUCUGCCAUAGUGACAUUUAAUGUAUUACAUGUUCAUUGUAGAGUGAGUUUAAGUCACUGCCACAUUCCAAUGACAGAUCCACUAUUAUUCACCACUAAACAAAAAAAAAAAAAAAGAUCUUACCCAGCUGUCAGCUUUCUGCCACUUCAGCAGACUCUCUUUUUGCUGCUUGGAUGAGCCUUUCUGUCCAGUCAAAAAUAACUUUCCUAUAGAAGGCAGUUUUUAGUGCCAGCCAUGUCAGCCAAGGUUAUGGAACAGGAUGUUGUGGCUGUGUAACCUGGUGGAAUUUCUUGCUUGCUGUUGACGCAGCAUUGGUAUUGUUGGAUUUAGCUGAAACACAGUAAAACACAUUCAUUAUUCCUAAAGCAGUGGCACCAUUGAGCCUCCACUAAAGCCUGGUUGAAGUGUUAAAUGUUGCUCAGAUGUCUGUGUAAUCAAAGUACCUUCUGUUGGUUGUAAAAAGGUGAAAAGGCUCUUCUACUGUGUGCAUGAAUCAACCUCGGAGGUAUUUCACUUUUCAGAAGCACUGAGCUGAAGAUGCUGAACUGAGUGUUUUCAGGCUUCCUGCUGUUGUACAGUACCAAUGAACUGCUUUUAUUUUUUACAGUCCACAUACGAGUGUUAUUUACAUUUACAGAUUUUUCUCAGUAGUUUAAGAAAAAAAAUUGAGAAAAUGGCAGGUGAUGUUGAAUUUUAUUGACACUGACUAUGUUUACAUGCACAAAAUAUUCCAGUAUUUGCCUCCCUCUUUCACUCUUUCCCUCAACAUUUGCGCGUAUCAGCCAUCUUGCUGAUAUCCAAGUCUUUCAUAAUGUUUAAAAGCAGGUGUGUUCAUCCUUCUGACCACAGAUGUGGGCUUUUCUUUUGUGCAUGCAUCUCUGCUCCAGCCUUUCAAACUGCUGGCUAGUUGUUAUGUUUACACAGAGCGGACUGUAAACAGUGUUGCAAACUGGCAUAUUCUGAAUGCACUGUAUAAAUGUCCAAAGCAUUUUCCUAAAACCUGAAUAAUGUGGGCAUAUCCCACAUGUCUUACUCAAAAAUACAUUUGGAAUAAGGCCUAAUUAGGAAUACCCAAAUGCAGAAUAUUGUCAUAUUUGGAAUAAGAGUGUAAAUUAGUGUGCAUGUAAACAGUCAGCCGUAGGCGUAUGGUGUCCCAGGUGACCUCUGGGAACUGGAAGUUUUAAACAUUCAAGGGAAUGUUUUGUUCCACAGUGUGUCCAUUGCCAGUAAUAUCUUCACAUUACCUGUUGAUAUUUACAGAAAUAUAAAAUGGGGGGAAAAUGUAAUUGUUGCAUUAACUUGCUGUUAAUUGUUCAACUACUUUUUUUUUCAUGUUACUGUAAUUAGAUGACUGAUUCAGUGCAGUCCAGUUGGUCUCUCAGUGGUGGAACCAUGACUUGCAGAAGGACGUGGACUGUUUAUUGGAACUAUUUAUCAUACCUGAAUAUAAUCAUCCACUGAGACACAGAACAUUUAGAGGCAGGAAGGAGGAAGUCAUCGCACUGUAGACAAAUCACUCCCAUUCAUUCCAUAACAGUAUUGUUUAUUAUAUAUUUGAAACAAUGCAUACUAAUAUGUUGUAAUAGAGUGGAUAGUGGGUGUAAUAGGUUUUAGGAACUUAUUGUUAUUUGAAUGUAAUUGACAUGGUUUGGGUUUAAAAGGGAUGGUAACAGUCUGAUUUCAGUCCUUUUGAGCUGGGGCAGAUUUGGGUUUAAUCACAAUUUUCCCAAACAUCAGCCACAACAAAUAUUUGAAUUGUUUGUAUUUUGUUCUUGUGAAGCCGCUGGUGAUGGAGGUUGUAGUGAUGCUUGUUGUCCACUAGGUUGCUGCAGUGAGCUAUUGGAUUCUUACUAAUCAGCUCCUAAAGUUUGACAAUUGCACAGUGAGUCAUAGGGGGAAAAAGUCCUGGUACAUAUGUAUUUAAUUAUAUAUUUUUAUUUGUUUGGGUGUAUUUUCUCUACUAUUGCACAAUCAUAUGUGUUAUAUUUAUUUAGGAAAUAUUUCCCUUGUAUCUCUUGUAUGGUACAAAGAAAGGACUGGGAACACUGUACUACACCCACUUAACACCUACUUCACUGAAAGAGAAGGUAACACAGUGGCUGCCGUCCCAUUUUAGUUGUCAUUCUCAGUGAAACUUCUUUUACUGCUGCUUAUGUUUACAAUGUGACCUUCAUUAAUGCAAUAUUAUGUUGAAUUUUGCACAUUUUAGUUUGAAUUCUGUUUUGUAUUAUUUGUUGAAUAUGUUUUAUGGCAGUUUUGGUUUUAAUAGUAAGAAAGUAUAGAUAGUAUCAAGAUAGUUUUACUGUAGUGUUCUUUUUAUCUCAAUAAAAUAUAUCCUGUGUAUAUAUUCA